CUGAAGCGCAUAGUGGCGACGAGACUAGCGUUGUGGAGUUGUGUUGGAGAAGAAGGAGGAAGGCAGAGAACACAAGUCGAAAAGCGGGAUAAAACCAUUUUAAUCAAGAGAAAGUACCGGUUUUGCCAUGGCAUCGGGGGACACUCUGUACAUAGAGGCGGACGGGUCCGAAAUGCCAUCCGAAAUAGUGGAACUUCACGAAAUCGAAGUGGAGACUAUCGAGACAACAGUUGUCGGAGACGACGAUGAACACCAGCCUAUGAUCGCUCUGCAGCCUCUUGACACGGACGACCACCACUCGAUUCACCAUCACCAUCACCAUCAGGGGGUGAUCCUGGUGCAGACCAGGGAGGAGGUGGUGGGUGAGGAGGACUCUGAACUACACACCGAUGACGGGUACGAGGACCAGAUCCUGAUCCCCGUCCCGGUGCCCGCGGCGGAGCGGGACUACAUUGAACAGACUCUGGUUACAGUGGCCGGGAAAAGCUCGUCGGUGGGUCGCAACAAAAAGGGGGGAAGUGGCAAGAAAGCGGGAAAGAAGAGCUAUCUGAGCGGCGCGGAGAUGGGCCGCAAGUGGGAGCAGAAGCAAGUCCAGAUAAAGACUUUAGAAGGAGAGUUUUCGGUGACGAUGUGGGCAUCGGAUGACAAGAAGGACAUUGACCAUGAGGAGGAAAUCAUUGGGGAGAACUCGCCGCCGGACUACUCCGAAUACAUGACAGGCAAGAAGCUGCCGCCGGGUGGCAUCCCGGGCAUCGACCUGUCGGACCCGAAGCAGCUGGCCGAGUUCGCAAGAAUGAAGCCAAGAAAAGUAAAAGAAGACGAUUCUCCUCGAACGAUAGCGUGUCCGCACAAAGGAUGCAGUAAGAUGUUCAGGGACAACUCUGCCAUGAGGAAGCACCUGCACACCCAUGGGCCACGGGUGCACGUUUGCGCGGAGUGCGGCAAGGCCUUCGUGGAGAGCUCCAAGCUGAAGAGACACCAGCUGGUUCACACGGGGGAGAAGCCCUUUCAGUGCACGUUUGAGGGCUGUGGAAAGCGGUUCUCCCUGGACUUUAACUUGCGCACACACGUGCGCAUUCACACUGGAGACCGGCCAUACGUCUGUCCCUUCGACGGCUGCAACAAGAAGUUUGCCCAGUCGACGAACCUCAAGUCGCACAUCCUCACACACGCCAAAGCAAAGAACAACCAGUGAGUGGGCGUGGCCCAGCGACCUGCAGCGGGAGGACGGCAAAUCGCUGGCUCCGCUCCUCUGCGGAGGACAAUCGUCAGUGAACUACUUUGUCGCAGGACAUGAAGCCCCCUUUGUAUUCUUUCUAGAAAAGCAAAUGUUUUAAAACUAAAAAGACCUUUCGGAGAAAAAAACGAAACAUUUUUGAUACGAGUACAAGAAACUCUGGAACACUCGCUCCCCGCUUCCUUCCUGGCGUGUUUCGGGGUACGGCAAGGCAACGUUUCUUCAAGCCUAAAGUUUCUUCAAAUGAAGACGUUAAUUCAUGGAUAUGUCCCUUGAGAUUUUAUUUAUAUAUGUUCCCAUCUCCAUCUCAUGAAUCAUUUACACACAAAAAGCCCCGGUAAUGGUCAUCAAUUCAAUUAAUCCUGGAAUUUGUAUUCAAGUUAAGUGUGCAUAUUGUACACUUUUUCUUUAGCACAAGCUUUGCGAUAACAUCUUUUUUAAAUAGCUCUUGUUGGGAGAUUUGACCUUAUUGUUGCCCUCCAAUCUGGACUGGAGGUCAGAGAUGUUCUUCAUAGGUUUUCUUUUUGUAUGUUUGUCUCGAUGCGUCAGAAUCAUUUAGAUGAUAGCAAUGUUAUUUCAAUAGUGAGGCGUGAUUAAAACAUUGUUUCCCUUGCACUACCAGAUAGAAAAGUGUCACGUCUGUCCUUGCAUACUUUAACCCUUCAGAAACUCUUAACUGUCAUAGAUUGUAACAAUUUAUUUUUCUUGCCAUUUUAACUUCAAUCAUUUGAAUUUUGUCUCUUCUGCAGAGUACAUUUUUUAAGUGGAUCUCAAAGCUGUUACAGUAAAGAUGAGCCUUCUAACUUA